GUUGGACUUUGGAGGGUCGGAUAGCGGAGUGGAGGAGGACAGGAAGGUAUACUGAUAAGAUUGCUUCCCUCCCAGCCCCCCGCCAUGUCUAUCUCCAUCUGGAACUAGGGUUUUAGUGGAUUUUGACUUUCCUCGAAUCUCUCAGAUGGAGACCUCCCUAAGAUAUCGCAGUGAUUCCAAAGCUUUAAAGAUCCAUGCUAAGGAGAAAAUCCCAAUCGACUCCAAAUUACACUUGCAGGUUCAUGCGGAGCUGGAUACAAGGGUUGGAACUCCGAGUCAUCUCAGUGCGGUUUUGAGACGCUUCUUUCCAGAUUUCUCGGCAAGCUUAGGUGUUGGAUUACGAUAUGAUAAGCAUGAGAAACUGCGGUACAACAUCCGUGGUAAGAAGUCAUUCCCUGUGACAACUGACGGCCAAUUGAGCUUUAAUAUCAAGGGACAAUGCGAUGCCGACAAAGAAUUAAGAGAGAGGAGGCCGAAAGGUGCUGCUGAAUUUACUUGGAGUAUUUUGAAUUUUCAGAGGGAUCAAGAUGUUAGGCUCAAAUUUGGCUAUGAAGUGAUAGAACAGGUUCCAUAUGUGCAGAUCAGAGAAAACAAUUGGACAUUAAAUGCUGAUAGUAAUGGUAGAUGGAAUGUGAGAUUUGAUUUGUGAGAAGACAAGACAGAGCUUGACAUAAUUUUGAGGUGACAUGUAUCAAUGCAGAGCAUAUUAUUCUAUUUUUGAAUUAUAAUGGACAGCUUCUCAGCUGAAACUGAUUAGUGAGUAAUGUUAUUGCCAGAUUUUUGGGGGCCCUUAA